AAUAUCUCAAGGGUGUGUUAACUUGCGACACUUGUUAAUGUGGGGACCUUCUUGAGGCUUUUUUUCUUUCUUUUAAAAAAUCAUCUUUGAUUAUUCUUUUCUAGUAAAAUAAUAUUUAGAAAAAACAAUGUCAGAGCAUAGCAGAAAUUCAGAUCAAGAAGAACUUCUCGAUGAGGAGAUUAAUGAAGAUGAAAUCUUGGCCAACUUGUCCGCUGAAGAACUGAAAGAACUGCAGUCGGAAAUGGAAGUCAUGGCCCCUGACCCCAGCCUUCCCGUGGGAAUGAUUCAGAAAGAUCAAACUGACAAGCCACCGACAGGAAACUUCAAUCAUAAAUCUCUUGUUGAUUAUAUGUAUUGGGAAAAGGCAUCCAGGCGCAUGUUGGAAGACGAACGAGUUCCUGUCACCUUUGUGAAAUCUGAGGAAAAGACUCAAGAAACACAUGAAGAAAUAGACAAACGUAAUAAAAAUAUGGCCCAGUAUUUAAAAGAAAAGCUCAAUAAUGAAAUAGUUGCAAAUAAAAGAGAAUCAAAGGGCAGCAGCAACGUCCAAGAAACGGAUGAAGAAGAAGAUGAAGAAGAAGAAGAAGAAGAAGAUGAAGAAGAAGAAGAUGAAGAAGAUGGUGACGAAGGAGAUGAUGAUGGUGAAGAGAGUGAAAAAACGAGCAGAGAAGAGGAAGGCAAAGCAAAGGAACAAAUUAGAAAUUGUGAGAACAACUGCCAGCAGGUAACUGACAAAGCAUUCAAAGAACAGAGAGAGAGACCAGAGGCCCAAGAACAAAGUGAGAAAAAAAUAUCAAAAUUAGAUCCUAAGAAGUUAGCUCUAGAUACCAGCUUUUUGAAGGUAAGUGCAAGGCCUUCAGGAAACCAGACAGACCUGGAUGGGAGCUUGAGGAGAGUUAGAAAAAAUGAUCCUGACAUGAAGGAACUCAACCUGAACAACAUUGAAAACAUCCCCAAAGAAAUGUUACUGGACUUUGUCAAUGCAAUGAAGAAAAACAAGCACAUCAGAACAUUCAGUUUAGCCAAUGUGGGUGCAGAUGAGAAUGUAGCAUUUGCCUUGGCUAACAUGUUGCGUGAAAAUAGAAGCAUCACCACUCUCAACAUCGAGUCCAAUUUCAUCACAGGUAAAGGGAUUGUGGCCAUCAUGAGGUGUCUCCAGUUUAAUGAGACGCUAACUGAGCUUCGGUUUCACAAUCAGAGGCACAUGUUGGGUCACCAUGCUGAAAUGGAAAUAGCCAGGCUUUUGAAGGCAAACAGCACUCUCCUGAAGAUGGGCUACCAUUUUGAGCUUCCGGGUCCCAGAAUGGUGGUCACUAAUCUGCUCACCAGGAAUCAGGAUAAACAAAGGCAGAAACGACAGGAAGAGCAAAAACAGCAGCAACUCAAGGAACAGAAGAAGCUGAUAGCCAUGUUAGAGAAUGGGUUGGGGCUGCCCCCUGGGAUGUGGGAGAUGUUGGGAGGACCCAUGCCAGAUUCCAGAAUGCAGGAGUUCUUCCAGCCACCGCCACCUCGGCCUCCCAACCCCCAAAACGUGCCCUUCAGUCAACACAGUGAAAUGAUGAAAAAGCCAUCACAGGCCCCACAGUACAGGACAGACCCUGACUCCUUCCGGGUGGUGAAGCUGAAGAGAAUCCAGCGCAAAUCUCGGAUGCCGGAAGCCAGAGAAUCACCCGAGAAAACCAACCUCAAAGAUGUCAUCAAAACGCUCAAGCCAGUGCCGAGAAACAGGCCACCCCCACUGGUGGAAAUCACUCCCAGAGAUCAGCUGCUAAACGACAUUCGUCACAGCAAUGUCGCCUAUCUUAAACCUGUGCAACUGCCAAAAGAACUGGCGUAA